GUUUGCAUUAUUUACCUUGAUUUUCUAUUCAGUCAGUUUUAAAGCUUUGUCUCAACAGUACUUGAUGUCUACAUUUUCCACUGGAACCUGGCCUUCUUUUGCCAUAUCGUCUUCAUGACUACAGUAGAGUGAGGUGCUCUUGGAAUCAUCCACCCAUUCUUCUCUGAGACAGACACCAAACCCAUAAGGAGAACAGCAAACAAAACUAACAGCUUAACAAAUGGGGCUUAUAAAUUCUACACAACUGAAAAUCAAAGAAGCCCAGAUUAUAAUGCUUGGACUAGAUUCAUCUGGGAAAUCCACUCUUCUAUACAAGCUAAAAUGUAAUGAAGUCUUCCUAACGGAACCAACGAUUGGUUUUAAUGUGGAGAUGAUUAAAACAUCAAAAGAUAUGACCUUAACAAUAUGGGAUGUUGGAGGUCAGUGGAAAAUGAGGACUGCUUGGGAGAACUAUUUGGAAGACAUGGAUUGCUUGGUCUAUGUUGUUGAUAGCUCUGACAAGCGGCACUUGGAAGAAUCCAAGAAAGAGCUGGAGCUUAUUUUAAGACAUGACAAUAUUAAAAAUGUACCUGUGGUCGUACUGGCAAACAAGCAGGAUCUUCCUGGAGCUCUGAGUGCUGAAGAAAUAACUCGGAGACUCAACAUGAAGAAGCACUGCCAAAACCGAAACUGGUAUGUACAACCUUGUUGUUCACUUACAGGAGAUGGACUCUCAGAAGCAUUCCAAAAAGUGACAAAAUUUGCAAAAUCUUGCAUAAAAUCUAAACAAGAGGGCUUUGCCAUUUUCAAACAACUUUAAACUAUUGUUUCAUGAUCUGGAUAAUUAAUUCAUUGCUGGAGUAGAACAUUAGCUUGUUCAUUAACAGUUUGAUUUGUAUUUCCCUAAUUUUUUUUUAUAAAAGUGAAAUAUUUGUUACAGACUUCGGGCCAAUCGCUCAUUUCUAUUGGCCUUCAAAAUAUUCUGUUGCUCUAAGGAAAGAAAUAUAAUUAAAUCCUGAAGUAUGAAACUGCAGAAAGAAUAAAAUCAG